CCAGACACUUUUGUCUUUUUCUGUGUCGUUUUGGGUCUCUCUCUCUCUUUGUCUCAGGCAUAGAUUCUGUGUGUCCCCCUUUUUUUCUGGGAGCCUUUCCUGACCCUCUCUGCCUCUUGGGACGUGCCUAGUCUUCUCUUCAUCUCCUCCUGCUAACUUGACCAGUGGCCUCUUCAUUUCAGGUUCUGGGGUCUGCCCCCCCAAGCUUCCACCAACCUCUGUGCCUCUUUUUGACACAAAUCAUAUAGUCCCCGGGGCAUCUGCCUGCUCCCCUCUUUCCUCUGCCUCUUGUUUGUUUUCCCCACCGCAGUGAGCUAGUUUUUCAGUAACUCCAAGGAGGCACCAUGUCUGUGGCCGGGUUAAAGAAGCAGUUCUACAAAGCCAGCCAGAUGGUCAGCGAGAAGGUUGGAGGAGCCGAGGGCACCAAGCUGGAUGAAGACUUCAAGGAAAUGGAAAAGAAAGUGGAUCUCACCAGCAAGGCCGUUACAGAAGUCUUGGCUAGGACUACGGAAUACCUUCAACCCAACCCUGCAUCCCGGGCCAAGCUGACCAUGUUGAACACCGUGUCCAAGAUCCGGGGGCAAGUGAAGAACCCAGGCUACCCGCAGUCGGAAGGCCUUCUCGGAGAGUCCAUGAUCCGUUACGGCAAGGAGCUGGGCGAAGACUCCAAUUUCGGCGAUGCGCUGCUCGAUGCUGGCGAGUCCAUGAAGCGCUUGGCUGAGGUUAAGGACUCUCUGGACAUCGAAGUCAAGCAGAACUUCAUCGACCCCCUUCAGAACUUGUGCGACAAGGACUUGAAAGAGAUCCAGCACCAUCUGAAGAAGCUGGAAGGCCGACGCUUGGACUUUGACUACAAAAAGAAAAGGCAGGGGAAGAUCCCAGAUGAGGAGCUGCGGCAAGCGCUGGAGAAGUUUGAGGAGUCCAAGGAAGUGGCGGAAACGAGCAUGCACAACCUCCUGGAGACGGAUAUUGAGCAAGUCAGCCAGCUGUCAGCGCUUGUAGACGCCCAGCUGGAUUAUCACAGGCAAGCGGUGCAGAUCCUCGAGGAGCUCGCAGACAAACUCAAACGCAGAGUGAGAGACACUUCUUCGCGCCCCAAGCGAGAAUACAAGCCGAAACCGAGGGAGUCCUACGAGUUUGGAGAGAGUGACCAAUCCAACGGCGGCUUUUCCUGCAACCCCGCCCCCAAAGUCUCAGCUUCCUCCUCUUUCCGAUCCGAAAAACCAUCACGGACCCCCAGCAGGAUUUUUUCCGCUCAUUUGGACCAGCCGUGUUGCAAGGCGCUGUACGACUUCGAGCCGGAGAACGACGGCGAGCUGGGCUUCAAGGAGGGCGACAUCAUCACGCUGACCAACCAGAUUGACGAGAACUGGUACGAGGGCAUGAUCAACGGCCAGUCGGGCUUCUUCCCCCUCAACUACGUGGAAGUCUUGGUCCCGCUACCUCAGUGAAAGGGGACACACACACACCCCGCUCUCAAGCCGACCGCUUCCGUUCUUCCUCUUCCUUCCUCCCCCGCCCCUUGUCUGCUCGGCCUCCCGUCCACCUUUGCACACCGACAGGGGGGGCGAAAAAGAGAGAGGCCGAGGGCACACCUCUCCUCCCCACCCCUCGAACUUACAUUCCAUGUGGUAUAUACCCAACACUAAUCCCCCGUCCAGCAAGCAGGAACGUUUUUUUUUGGGGGGGGUGUAACUGUGCUCCUAUCAGUAGCCCGGCCUGGCAGAGGUGAUGGGAGCCAAGCUGUUUGAGUGGGGCAAUGCACAAACUGACGCUCCUGUCUCCUCUCUCUCUCUCUCUCUCUCCUCUGCCCACCUGCCUGUUCUUUUUCCGGGCCCUGGACCAAAUGGCACCCCUGUGCUUUGUACACUUGUGGCCUUCCCGUUUUGCUUCGCGAUCUGGGCUCUCCUUCACGGCCCUGCCUUGGUUUGCGGCGUUUUGUCUUUCCAAUGCCGAACAAAGCAACACACUGCCCACAGCCGGGGGGCGGGGAAUUGUAGGGGGAGGCAGGCGGCUGUGAUUGUCCCGAGUCGUCUUCCUUGCGCAAUUGCAGAAGUCACCAGGCUGGCCUGGAGAACAGCCCUCUGCGGCAGGGUGUGUGUGUGUGUGUGUGUGUGUGUGUGUGUGUGUGUGUGUGUGUGUGUAUGUAUGUGUCUUAGAAGCACAAAACAGCUCAACAAGAUGAGAAGUCACUUGCCUGCCACCCAACCUUUUGCCAUGGGCCUGACUCGUGUUAAACACUACCAGAGAUCUGCUUUUCUCCUCGUACCCGGGGCACUUGCACCAUUGGAAACGAAAACACACCUGACCCCUUUCAAAAUUUAAAACCCCCUUUAAAGUCAUCUCAAGGUGUCCCUUCUCCCCCCACCCCCAGGCUUGGUUUGGAGCAAAAAAUUGGGCACAUAACCUGUGCACUAACAUUGGACGGUGUCGGUUUAAAGGCACGUUCCCCCCCCCCCUUCAUGAUUUUCUGGAAAGAGUGUGCAAGUCCCAGAGGCAUACCCCUCCCCGCCUCUCUCCACCUCCCCAAAUAACUUGGCCACAGCCGGCCAGCUGAGUGUUGCCCUCUCUGAUCUCCGAUUGCCUGGCAUGCAUCAGUGGUUUUUUUUUUGCCAUGUUCAUUGUAUCAGCUGCAACUUGGUGGCGCUGGGGAGGUGGUCACCGUUCCCCCUGGCAACAUGUUUUUAAGGGACCAGGCUGGCUCACUUUCAAAAGUGUGGGAACAGCCUCCGGGGUGGGGGGUGGGGAGCCAGCAGAUCUUCUGCGAAAAGCCUCGCCUUACCGCCGCAACGGGCCAGGCCACGGGCUUCCUCUUGCCUCGGACCCAGUUGCAGGGCCUUCGCCGAAAGAAGGCACACAACCCUCCGUGUGUUUUCCGUCCCCUCUCUAUGUGCCUUGUCGCCAGCUUCCUCUCGAACCCUCUCGAAAUCCAGUUGGGAAAGAGAGGAGGGGAGCAAUUUGUACUUGUCCAGACCCCCCCGUCCCUGAGCCAAUGUCUCCAAAAUAUGCCUCUCCUUUUUAUAGUCCUCUGGCUUCCAGGCUCCGUCGAUUCCCUCCAGGGAUGGUUUUCAGUAGUCCUCUUGCCCGUCGCGGCUCCGGCCAAGGAGUUGUGGGGGCCGAGUGCCCCAGGAUGUGGUUCCUAAUGAGCCUCCUUAGCUGCGCUGCCUCAGUUUCUGGACUGUAAGGCCAAGGGGGUGCCUUGCAGAUGCCGCUGGUCUCCACCUCCCAUCAGGCCAGCAGUGAUGAGUCGGGGGUCCAGAGACCUCUGGGCGGCACCCCUGUUUAGCUACACCCUGCAUGCAAGGUGCGGCAGUCUUACAGAAGCAUUCCCUCGGGGGGGGGGGGGAGUCAGAAUUGGAGAAAGUGAGGCACAAACGCCAGCCCACCACCUCAAAAGGCCCCCCAGUUAUCCUUUAUAGUGCCAAGGAUUGUGUAUGUGAGUGCACGGUCCCCAAACUGAGCCGUCGCCGCCUUGGCUAAGCCAAAGGGGCUGCCCUGAGAAGCACCCACAUCGGAACCAGCAGAGAAGCCCAGGAGGCUUCACUUAGAGGGGAGAUUUGGGGGGGGCAUCUUUACGAAAGGGCACACUGGGGCGGGGUUCCCAGGUGCUUGCCUUUUUUCCCCCCUCCCUGAUGCGCAAGCUUUCUACAGGCGGGGGCAUUUUCUCUAUAUACUGUUCAAAAACUCCUUCCCUCCCAAUAAGUAGCAGUUCGGUGGUGAAAGCCCAUUCUCCAAAAUAUAUCAGAGGCACGAGGCUGGAGGCCAGACAAUGCUGCUGCAGUUCAUUUUUUCGAUUUGUUGCGUGAAGUACGGCAUUGGACCUUGGCCUUGUGAAGGAUGCAGGCGUGUUGCCUGAGCCGCCUCUGGGUGGGUAGGGGGAGAUGCCGUGCCCCAGAUGCAGGCACUCCCCUGGUUACAAGGGAAGGGGCAGGCACACUCAGCCCCCCGACAAGACAUCCGUCGUGAUUGUCUUCCUACACUCCCCUCCCAAAUAUAUAACGUUCCACUUGGGGUUCCUGUCCAGCAACAGCUUAGACCAAGCAGAGAGGGCGUAUGGCUUCCAUGUUCCUCAGCCCCCCAGUUCAGUAUUGAGGCUGCAGCAAAAAGCAAGAGUUGGGUCUACUUUUCCCAGCUAGCUCUGCAAACGCCCUUUCGUAAUUCUGUUGCCAACACCCUUCCCUGGCUUCUUAAUGUCUUCAUGUUCUCCCACUGCGGGGCAGUGGGACUAAACACGGCUUUGAGGGGUGGGGUGCGUCUACGGUUUUGCAAUCUGCUCCUUCCCCCACAAUCCUUUGUUUCUUAGCUGGGGGUUGGCAGAGGCAGCUAUGCCCUUCCAAUCCCAACCGCUUAAAGGGCUCUCGGGAUUUCACGCACACACACCCCAUGGCAUUUCGGGCAGGUGGACAGGAGGCCUUUGCUCUGGCUUUCCACCUGAGUGGGGGGGGGGGAGAGGCUCCGGGUUAAAGUGUGCAAAAGGACUCUCUCUUGGGAACCCCCUCUGUUUUGCCAGGGGGCCCUGGCGAGGCUUACUGGCACGGCCUGGCAGCAAUCCUCACCGCCAUCUCUGUUUUUCACAGUGCACCAAAACGACAUUGCAAAUGAUUUUGGGGGUGGGGUGGAGGGAGGGCUCUGCUGGGAUUUAAAAGGGGGCUGGACCCAACUCUCUCUGGCACAGCUGGUGCUACCAGGAAGCACCCAGAUUCGUUGCACCCCGAGGUUCCGUGGUGCUGACCUUUUUGGGGGGGGCUGGCAGAGGACCACGACAAGGUGGUGGACAGAUCCAGCCUAUACCUAUGAAUUGUGGGGGAUGGGGUGGGGCUUCCUGACCCUCCACCCACCGUCUCAGAAAUAGCCUUUUGCCUUUGUCCGUUCUCUCUUUCCUUCCCCCAACAUUUCUCGUGCACGUUCUAUUUAUAUAGGUAUACCCUAGCCAACUUAUUCAAAGUUAAUUUCUCUUCCUUGUCCAGCAAGUGUCGGGGUUGGAGAGGGCCGGGUUUCGUCCGCGAUCGCCUCUCCUACAAGCUGCUUUAGUUUCCCCACCACCACCUUCACUGUCCUAACUUCAAUAUCCCGUUUAAAUAUUGUUGUAAUAUCCACCCCUCUCUACACAUUCAUGUAGUAAGAUAUUUCAUACUUUUUACCCCUGACGUGACUCCCAAGGUAUCGUCUGGCUGGAGUGAAAAGUUUGGUAGUCCAUGUAUUCGGAAGCUCUCUUCCCUAAAUUCACUAAGAAACUGUUUUGGGGUUCCAGGCCCAAUUGUGUUAUGUGUGUGAGGCUAUUUUGCACCCCAGACUUCUGUUCCCUCCCCCCUCCCCUUCUUCCUCACCCCAAAUAUUUACCAGGACCACAGGAAGAACAAGCAAAACAAAAAAAUAUUGGGGAAGGGGCUUUGUAAAUACUGGCUUUUUAAUCUGUAGCAUUGUCACGCCAGGGUAUAACUCCUGGCACUUGUUCCGUUGGAGUGAAGCAAGUCUCUCUCUCUCUCUCUCUCUCUCUCUCUCUCUCUCUCUCUCUCUACUUACUCUGGACAAUUUUAUGUGGGGGUGGGCAUGGGAAACACAUCUUAUUUUGUUCUUGUUCAUGGGUUUAUUUCUCCCCUCUCCCCUUCUGUUUUGGAAUAAAAAAACCACGAAAAACCUUGUAUCCUUGAAAUAAAAAAGUAUUAAAUGUUUGAAGGCA